AUGUCGUACGAGGAUAUACGUCGUCGUGUACCAUUAAUAAUUACGUUAUUAUUUCUGACAUUGAACAAGAUCGAAGGACAAUUUCGUUGUCCCGAAUCUAAGGGUUUCUUUCCAGAUUUGGAACAGUGCGAUCUUUAUUAUUCUUGCGUAGACGGUAAACCCGAGGAAAAACUUUGCAAAGACGGCCUCGUAUUCAGGGACGAUAAUCCCAAGAAGGAACUUUGCGAUAUACCGGCUAACGUUCCAUGCGGCGAUAGGACUCUAUUACAGGAACCACAGCCAAGUAAAGGAUGUCCACGGGCUAAUGGAUAUUUCAAGCACGAGGAUCCAACAGCCUGCGAUAGAUUCGUUAAUUGCAUCGACGGUAUACCACAGAUAAUGCCAUGUCCGCCUGGUCUGAUUUACGAGGACAAAAUGUCGAGUUGCGUUUGGCCGGCUGAUGCCAGCAGAUUAUGCGAAAACGUUAAACGCGACGUCCUUGACGACGGUUUCGUUUGCCCGGACGGUGACGUGGCCGGUCCAUUGGGACGUGUUUUACCACAUCCGACCUAUCCCCAUCCAGAGGAUUGUGCCAAAUUUUACAUAUGUAGGAACGGCGUUGUACCGCAAAAGGGACAAUGCGAUAGCGGCACUGUAUACAACGAGGAAAGUUUUAGGUGUACCGAACCCGAAAACGUACCAGGAUGCGAGGAUUAUUACAAACGGAAGAACUAAGUCAGAAGGAAUAUACGGUGCCAAUUUAUCACCAUUAUUGUUACUGUACGUUCAUAGCGCAUAACUUUUUA